AUCAAUGUAGUAGUUAGGGCUGAAAGUGCAACUGCGCAUGCGUACGGAAAGUUUGGUACGCUUUCUAUUUCACACAAGUGAAACUUAUCCGGAUUAAACCCUCAGUAAGAAUGGACCCUAAAGAAGAGAUGGAAGUUUGCAGCCACUGCAAUAAAGAGGUGGUGAAGACGAACCUUCCCAUGCAUGAAGCUCACUGCCAGCGUUUCCUGUGUCUCUGCCCUGACUGUGAAGAACAGGUGCCAAAGGAUCAGCUGGAGGAACAUCGACAGGAACAGCACACUCUGAUCAAAUGUCAGCAGUGCCAUGCGAAGAUGGAAAAAUGCAAGCUAGCAGAGCAUGAAGCACACGAAUGCACAGAGAGGCUGGAGAGUUGUGAGUUUUGUCAGCUGGCUCUGCCUUUGAGUAAACUGGACGAGCACGUCGAGACCUGCGGGAGUCGGACAGAACGCUGUCAGGACUGUAACCAGUACGUCAUCCUGAAAGACCAGCUCCGGCACGCUCAGAUCUGCAACACUGACGACUUUAAUACUAAAUCCACUAAUGGAAAUGUAAAGCAUCUGUCAGCGCCCACUCAGCAGGAGGAUGAGGGUUUCGACUACAUGGUAGACACUUCGAGAAAUCAGACUGUCGGCCAAUCGGACACGACCUUCUCACUAUCGAAUCUGCAGAAGAAGAAGAAGCAGAAUGAGAAAACAGGAUGGAUAGACCAGGAUCAGAUCAGCACCUGUCCGUACUGUCACCUCGCUCUGCCAGUAAACACACUGAAAUGGCACCAGGACAAAUGCAGGAUUGUGGAAGGUCUGAGAAAGGUGAACGAGGCGAUGGAUGUGAGCGGAAAGAAGUGAGAAAUAAAUCUGUUCAAAGUGCCUGGCAUGCAGAGCCGCUUUCAGAGACACAGGUGAUGACAUCAGAACUGAUAUUAAUAAACCAGAAGUGUUCACUCAAGUGUUUCAGACAACUGGAAAGAUCAAUUUUAAAGUAAAUAAGGAUCAUUAUUAUAUUUGAAAAUGAUUUUUUCCUUUAAAUUAGCUUUAUCAAAUAUUAUGUGCUGUUUUCAGAUAAAAACAAUGAAGAUGUGUCGAUGAACUUGGAUGAAUGAAAGGUUAGGAAAAGUAAUGCAGGAACGAAUGCAUAAACGAUAGAUAGAUAGAUAGAUAGAUAGAUAGAUAGAUAGAUAGAUAGA